UGGGCAGCUGAAAAGAGGACAGGAGAAGGUCAGAGAGAGGAGAGGCUGUUUUUUGAGGCCUGAGGCGCCCCAACAUGACAACGAAAGACUGUAACCAUGGUCGUGUGAGUUAUGAGCUAGGAACCCUGGACGAAACCAACACAUAUACAAUCAUCUCCCACCUCCCAACGCCUUUACUUUCACAGCCUCUGCAGCAAACUGCGGUCACUAUAAUCGCUUCUGUGGCACAGAGGCAAACCCAGGGGAAUCUGCCCAGGGGGCCACUCUGUGCCCACAUGAGAACCCACACCUGCUUGUAAAGCCUCCCCUCCCUCUGGCCAGCAACCAGGACAGUUUGUUGUUCCAAGCAGUGGGCUCACGUCUGUUUUGGCUCAGAACAGGGUGGGGAGAGCGGGCCAGGGACCCGCAGGAAGGCUUAUCCUUGAGAUUGCGUGGGAGACACAACAAGGGGUGGGGGCCCGCAGGCGGGGCGGGGCGAAGCAGGUGAUAUCCAGCGCAGAGCCCCGGCCUCUGCCCACAGUCUCACCAUGGCCCGCACCGUGGUGCUCAUCACCGGCUGUUCCUCGGGCAUUGGCCUGCACUUGGCCGUACGUCUGGCUUCAGACCCAUCCCAGAGCUUCAAAGGUAUAGAGGGAGGGAGAGAAGGGAGGAGCCCUUGGAGGCGAGGGAAGUCAGAUCUUCCUCGUCUCCCAAAACCUCCAGUGUAUGCCACGUUGAGGGACCUGAAAACACAGGGCCGGCUGUGGGAGGCGGCCCGGGCCCUGGCGUGCCCUCCGGGAUCCCUGGAGACGUUGCAGCUGGAUGUAAGGGACUCAAAAUCCGUGGCCGCUGCCCGGGAACGCGUGACCGAGGGCCGUGUGGACGUGCUGGUGUGUAACGCAGGCCUGGGCCUGCUGGGGCCUCUGGAGGCGCUGGGGGAGGACGCUGUGGCCUCUGUGCUGGACGUGAACGUGGUGGGGACUGUGCGGGUGCUGCAGGCCUUCCUGCCAGACAUGAAGAGGCGUGGUUCGGGACGCGUGUUGGUGACCGGGAGCGUGGGAGGAUUGAUGGGGCUGCCCUUCAAUGACGUUUACUGCGCCAGCAAGUUCGCGCUCGAAGGCUUAUGCGAGAGUCUGGCGGUUCUGCUGCUGCCCUUUGGGGUCCACUUGAGCCUGAUCGAGUGCGGCCCAGUGCACACCGCCUUCAUGGAGAAGGUGUUGGGCAGCCCAGACGAGGUGCUGGACCGCACGGACAUCCACACCUUCCACCGCUUCUACCAAUACCUCGCCCACAGCAAGCAGGUCUUUCGCGAGGCGGCGCAGAACCCUGAGGAGGUGGCGGAGGUCUUCCUCACCGCUUUGCGCGCCCCGAAGCCGACCCUGCGCUACUUCACCACCGAGCGCUUCCUGCCCCUGCUGCGGAUGCGCCUGGACGACCCCAGCGGCUCCAACUACGUCACCGCCAUGCACCGGAAAGUGUUCGGCGACUGUCCGGCAAACGCCGAGGCUGGGGCCGGGGCUGGGGGCGGGGCCGGGCCUGGGGCAGGUGCCGAGGCCGGGGCCAGUGGGGUGGGGGACCCUGAGCUCGGCGAUCCUCCGGCCGCCCCGCAGUAAAGGCUUCCUCAGCCGCUGUCUCCCGCGCCCUUCUUUGUCCCCUGGGUCUGUGUGGUCCCUGGGGAUGGGGCAGCGGUAGCAGCUGUGGGUGGCUAAUUAAGAUAGAUUGCGUUAGCCAGUUUUACUAGCGCAGCUAGGCGCGAUGGCUGUCGCCUGUAAUGCCAGCGCUUUGGGAGGCGGAGGCAGGAGGAUCGCUCAAGCCCCGAAGUUGGAGACCAGCCAGAGCAACACAGUGAGACCCCCAUCUCUACAAAAAUAAAGAAAAUUUAAAAAUCA